ACGGGUUUGGCGAAGGUCGACGAAUGAAGUGUCUUUCUAUCGCGCGGUGUACUUCUUCUGUCCAGGAAAAUUUGCGUGGCUGGCAAGAAGCAACUUUUCUGCUUGUGAGCUGACUCCGCAGUUGGAGAGGAGCGUUUAUUUGUUGAAGUGAAAGUGGUUCCCGGUUGGACAGAUUGUGAUGGGCGGCUCCGACUGAUAGGACUGAACUUUGAAAACCGAUAAAUCAAUCCCCUGCCCGGUCAAACACGUCCAGGAUCAACAGCAAAAGCCACCACACAAACACCCCCAACCAAAACACCCCCGGACAGACAGACUGUAACUUUUUUUUUUUUUUUUCGCUCUCUCCCCCCGGAUGCCUUAUUAUGCCUUCCGGUGCCAAUAAGAAAACGCCCGGUGGUGGUGGAAAGGGCAAGAAGCAACAGGACAGCAAGAAACAAGCGCUUGCCAACAACCAGAAGGAUGACAAAGUGAAGCAACCCGGCGACGAGGACAUCAACUCCGGCUUCGGAGAGUACAUGCGGUCGUCGCAAGCUGCGGAAAUGAUGAAACUGUUUGUGAUUGCCAACACUUUGGUGGUGUUCUUAACGAUGGCGUGGCCGCAGAUGAAGCAUUCGUUCGAAAUCAUCCAAUCCUUGAUCUACGGCGAUGAGGACGGUGAAUUUUAG